AUGGCAGUUUUGCAAGCUUUUCUGAUUGCUCUAUGCAUCAUUGUGUCUCAUCAAAAUUUGGUUGAUGCAAAAUUUUCCAAGAGUAUGUAUAUCACCUGGGGUACCCAGCAUGCUACAAUUCAAGGCAAUGGUGGCGAGGAUCUUAACCUCGUGCUGGAUCCAUUUUCAGGUUCUGCUGUUCAAUCAAAGAGAGGCUUCUUAUUCGGAAGCAUUGAGAUGCUCAUUAAGUUGGUAUCUGGGAAUUCCGCAGGGACAGUAACAGCAUACUAUCUAUCCUCAACAGGAACCAAACAUGAUGAGAUAGAUUUUGAAUUCUUAGGGAACAUUUCUGGACAACCUUACAUUGUCCACACAAACGUCUAUACACAAGGAAAUGGAAGCAAAGAGCAGCAAUUUUAUCUCUGGUUUGACCCUACUGCUGAUUUCCACAACUACACCAUACAUUGGAACCCCACUGAAAUUGUGUGGUAUAUUGAUAGUCUACCAAUUCGUGUUUUCCAAAACUAUGAAAACCAGGGGAUUGCUUACCCCAACAAGCAAGGGAUGAGGGUUUACUCAAGCUUAUGGAAUGCUGAUAACUGGGCAACUAGAGGCGGGCUAGUCAAGAUAGAUUGGACCAGUGCACCCUUCAUGGCUAGAUUUCGAAACUUCAGGGCAAGAGCCUGCAAGUGGAACGGAGACAUCAGCAUUAGUCAAUGUGGCACCACCUCCCGGGCAAACUGGUGGACCUCCCCUAUAUACAGCCAGCUGAGCAGUGCUAAGCGGGGCCAGCUGCAGUGGGUCAGAGAUAGCUUCAUGAUCUAUGACUACUGCAAAGAUACUAAAAGGUUCAAUGGACAGAUACCUGCUGAAUGUUUUAUACAACAAUUCUGA